CAGCCGGCCCCAAGGCCAAGCAGGCAGGCUGGCCGGCCUUCCCCUUCUCCACCUCAUAACUAUAAGUCCCUCACACACUUCCCUCAUUUCUCUCUCCAAUCCAUACACUCAUAACCUUAACCUCAAUUCAUUACAAAGCUACAAAAACUCAGACAACAAAUCUCUACAUUCAUAGAUACCUCAUCAGAAACCCUAAUUAUAACAUCAUCAAUCUGUCGCUUGUUCCGAAAACGUCGAGAAAUGAGGCAAGCGAGCGCGUACUCUAAGAUGCUGUCGGGAGGAAGGAGCGGGCCUCAUGCACUGCCACUGGCGAGAAUCAAGAAGAUAAUGAAGAACUCGAGCGAGGACGUGAAGAUGAUAUCGGGGGAGGCCCCCAUCGUGUUCAGCAAAGCCUGCGAGUUGUUCAUAGAAGAAUUAACGAAGCGGGCGUGGGCGAUGACGCUGCAGGGGAAGAGGAGGACCAUGCAGAGAGAGGAUGUCGCCUCCGCUGUUAUUACAACUGAUAUUUUCGACUUUCUUAUCAACCUAGUUUCUGAUUCUGCUCAUGAUCAUUGCCCUGCCCAGGAAUCUCUGCCUGUCUUGGAGCCAUGAAACUGAUAUAUAGUACUACUUUUGGUGAGUUUCAGGACUCUCAAUUCUGAUCGAGGUUGUCAUGAUCCAUUCCAAUUGAAUUACAAGUGUAUUUGUCAUUCUCGUUAAAUUAUGACUCAUCAUAUGGUAAGUAUAAUAUAUUUGGUAUAUAUUAAUACUCAGAUUUGAUAAAACUGCGGAAUAUUUGAAUUAUUUGGAUUUUGGAUGUCUGAGUCUCGGAAGUCACCGAGAAUGAUUUGGGCAUGAAUGUAUACCAUUGCUCUCUCUAUAUGUAUAUAUAUG